AUGGAGUUCCACGGCAACUGCAAGAAGCUCUUGGCCAACGCCCGGCGGGAGAAUGCCGAUGAUACCCUCAAGAACAGCGCCUUAAAACCCGGUGCCCCAGCAGCUGCGGCGCAGGGGCCCGCACAGCCGGCCGCGCCGAAGAAGCGUGCGCGGCAGCGCGCGGAGGUGGCAGAGGCCUCGGCCGACAUCUUGCUCACGUCUUAUGGCACGUUUCGAGCCGAAGCCCAUCGUCUGAUGAAGGAGCAGGAGUUUUCCGGGAUUAUCUUGGAUGAGGCACAGAACAUCAAGAACCAUGGGACGCAGGUUUCCAUGCGGGUGAAGCAGAUGGCCGACUGCUGCGGGGCAGUCCGCAUCGCGCUCAGCGGGACGCCGGUCGAGAACCGGCUGAGCGACCUGCAUUCUCAGUUCGAGUUCAUCCUCCCUGGCUAUCUGGCGACCUCCAAGGCGGAGUUCAACAAGGAGACAGGCUUGCGACGCUCGCAUAGCUAUUCGGGAUAUGUGCCCUUCGAGCCGAUGACCGAGCAUCCACUCGAUCCAGGCGAUGCAGGAGCAUCGCCCGAGGAACCAUGGCCCGAGGCAGACGGAGAUGCUCAGACUCGCUCAGGAAUGCCCGGGCUUGCGACGCCUCAGCACACCGAGCUGGAUGCUGCAGCCAUGGACCCGGCGGCAGGCCCUUCCACCGAAGCUGCGGCCGAACCUGCAGCGGAUGCUGCAGAUGCUGCGGUAUCAUGGGAUGCGAGCAAGGCUUUAUGCUUGUGCUCCGGGGCCGAGGCAGCAGUCUCUCAGGGCGAUGGGGAUCGGAGAGGCCACGUGGAGGAGACGGAGGUGCCCGGGGCCAAGCCCGAAAUCACCGAGGGCUUGCGCAGGGUGCGCAUCUGCAACCUCUCCGAGGAUGUGACGCAGACAUCCGUGAUGGAGGCCAUCGACCGCCUAGGAUUCUCGGGGCAGUACGAGCUGUGCAGCUUCUUCCAGGGCUUCGACAGCAGCCACGCCGCCCUCAACUUCGGCUCGGCAGCUUUGGCGUACAAAUUCCAGGUGAAGUGGCAUGGCCAGGCGAGCUUGAAACCUGGCUCCAACCCCGUGGUGCAGUCGCUUGCUCACAAUUCCCCGUCACCUUCAGACUGCUUGGGACAAAUUGCCACACAAAGCCCGCGCACAAAGACCAUCAGCAAAGGCGAGCACGUCCAGGAGGGGCUCAGCGAGUCGGUGAUUGCGGCCAACAGAACCAAGCCGGCAGCCUCGGCCGCGAAAGCCAGAAAAGCCAAAGAGAGCAAGCCGGCGCCCUCGGCACCCUCGGCACCCUCGGCACCCUCGGCACCCUCGGCACCCUCGGCACCCACGGCGCCCUCGGCGCCCUCGGGACCCUCGGCACCCUCGGCACCUUCGGCAGAGGAAGAGGCGGCGAAGAAACGCGCUCAAGAAGAGCAGGUGGCGCAGGCCAGGAAGACGGCAGCCGUCGUCCUCAAUAGAGCAAGGAUGAUGGCUGCAGGCAGCAAGUGA